AUGUAAUAUGAUAUGAUACGAUAUGAUAUCCGGUAUCUGGUAUUUGGUAUUUGAUAUCUGAUAAGGCAGACUGGCAUGUGGCCCUGCCACACACACACACUCUCUCUCUGUCUGCUGCUCUUUUCCCCAAUUGCUCUCUUUUUGUCAAAUUGCCCUUAUCCAAAGAGAUACCCAUGUAAUGUAUAUCUGCCGCCGGCUCAAAUCCAUAAACACCAAGAACGACGAAAAAAAGGACCUGGGAAAUCGCUGUGUACAGAAACCAGGAUUUGUUGACAACACAUCAACAAGUAACAAACGAACACAAGGGGGUAAUCGUAUCGUAGAAAAACCACGUAAAGCCAAAUGUCCGUGCGUGGAACAUGCAAGACAGCCUACCCAAAAAAAAAAACAAAAAGCCCCCCAAAGAAAAACACACACAGAACCUAACGGUCCCUUAUCCGAAACACCACUUGCGGAACGCCGCCGCUACCCGCUAACCGUUCGCCGUCGGGCUGAAUCUCCUGUACUACCCAAACAACCUGUACACGCAAUGCCUCUUGACGCUUAUGCUUGCUUGCUUGUGUCGUGUCGUACCGAAAGCUGAAACAGUGAUGUAAGAACGCUGAAGUAGAAAAACCACAAUAGGUGACAAGAAAACAAAAGGAUUCUCCAAAGAUGGGUGCUAACGCCGGACCCUAGUGACACCCAAAGGACGAGACGGGGCAAUAUGGAGUGCCCUGGUCGUCAUGAUGUCAACUCGCGGCAUGUCGGGUGAGCUUCUGGCUGAAGGCCUUGUUUCGGCCGACGGGGGCUGUGCUGCUCAAAGCGCCAUGGACAUUCUGAAUUCGAGGUCGUGCGACAGUUGAUCCAUGUGUGCGACGAUCAGGGUCUGCGUCAAGGUUCGAGGAUCCCGAGCGAAGCGAGACACCUGCGGAACCAUUGCGGAACGUAUCCACCACGCCCCUGUGCCCUACCAGAGGACCAAGACCAGACAGAGUGAAAUCGGGGAAAUAUAAA